ACCUUCCAUUCUUCUCCUCUUCUGCUAGCUCCGGCAGCUGUUGCUUCCUCCUCUUCCUCAAGACCCUCAACGUAUAAAAAUCUCGCCCCUGCGAUCGCGUCCCCGAUCUGAGGCUUCCGCAGAUGGUGCUCGGGCUCAUGGAGGCCAACAGGAAGGAUGUAUGGGGGCUACUGCUCGUGCUCCUCCUCGGCCAGCUCGUCGCCUUCUCCAUGGCUGUCUCCAGCUUCACCUCCUCCUUCAUUGCCACACUUGGAGUUGAUGCGCCACUGACGCAAUCUUUGUUCGCCUACCUGUUGUUGACCUUGGUUUAUGUGCCAAUCCUCUUGCAGCGACGGCAGAAGCUGCGGAUACCUUGGUAUUGGUACCUGGCCCUGGCCUUCAUCGAUGUUCAAGGAAAUUAUCUUGUUGUCAAGGCGUACCAGUACUCGUACAUCACGAGCGUAACGCUGUUAGAUUGCUGGACGGUGGUUUGGGUCAUCAUACUCACCUGGUAUGCACUGGGCACAAGAUACUCUUUCUGGCAAUUUGCUGGUGCUGGGAUCUGUGUGGCAGGGCUUGCUCUUGUGCUCCUUUCAGAUUCCAAAUCAGCAGAUGAACAAGAUCCAAGUAAAAUACCACUUCUAGGGGAUGCCCUUGUCAUUGCCGGGACAGUAUUUUUUGCAUUUAGCAAUGUUGGCGAGGAAUACUGUGUCAAGAAGAAAGAUCGAGUUGAAGUUGUCGCAAUGCUUGGACUCUUUGGGUUGCUUGUCAGUAUAAUUCAGAUAUUUAUAUUUGAAAAAAAGAACCUAGAUGCAAUUGCCUGGUCUCCAACAAUGUUAGCUCUGUUCGGAGGAUUUGCAGUGGCAAUAUUUAUGUUCUACAGCAUCACUCCUUUCGUUCUUAAGAUGAGUGGAUCAACAUUGUUUAACCUUUCGCUCCUAACAUCCGACAUGUGGGCAGUCGCCAUUCGAGUUUUAUUCUAUCACCAACAGAUAAACUGGCUGUACUAUAUAGCCUUCGCGGUUGUGGCCAUUGGAUUGAUCAUCUAUUCACUGAAUGAUCACUCUUCGGACAAUGGAACAACUGCAAGUACAGAAGCAGCAACCCAAUAUCAGCAGCUUCCAGGUGAGGAUAAUUCAACAGGAAAUGGUUCCAGUGACAGCCAAGAAAGGAAGCAACAGGAGGAAGUUCAUAUCUGUUAGUGGGGGUCAAUGUAGAAGGUCACACCUCUCAGUGUUGGAUUUAGGGGGAAAAAAGCAUGUAUAUCUUCUUUUAGAAUCCUCCUUGUAUAUAACUAUUUGUAUUUUCCUCUGUUUUUUGAAACCCCUGCUUUAUCAGCAUGGACUAUUAGGCAAUUUCUCUUGCCUGUAUAUCCUUCGGAGAAGAAAAAAAAAGAUGAGUUUGUAAUUAGGUGGAACCUAUUACAUUAAAAUUCAGUGCAAAUAGUUGGCGAUGUAAGCACAAUGAAAAGGGACAUAGACACAUAUACAAUUUAUUUUUUCCAAAUAA